AUGGAGCGCACUACUGCGGCAAACACCUCCCUUUCAAAAGGGACGAACGCUCUCUCCGUUUCGAAUAGUGAUGACGCAAACUUGAGCAAGGCACGCAGCAGCGACGACAGUGCUGGACAGACGGAGCGACCAGCCCCCGCACCGCGACGCAUCCUCUUCGUCACUGUCGGGAAUAGCUCCGUGCGUCUGGUAACCUACCUGGACCGUCGAGCGAUCCAGGAGGGUCUCGGUGCGGGAGAGCGCCCAAAGUUCGAGGAAAUUGCGGAUCGAAUUUUGAAUAAAACGCCGACUGGGACGGAUGUGCGCACCUCGUACGACAGUGGAAACGUCGGGUAUCACGUUCAGGUUCAUCAGGACCUCAUCUACUUGGCAGUGUGUUUGCGUGGGUACCCCAGACAACUGGCUUUUGAUUUUCUACAGCAAGUACGUGAACAGUUUGAAUCGCGAUAUGCGCCCGCUGACCUGCGGAGAAUGACGAAACCGGACGCCCUGGACGCUGCGUUUCGCCCAACGCUCAAAGCGCUGACCCAGACGUACACAACGAGGCAGGACAAGAUCGCCCAGCUCCAGGGCGAGGUUCGUGACAUUCACGCUGUGAUGCAGCGCAACAUCGAAGACGUCUUGGAGCGUGGCGAACGCUUGGAUGACCUCGUGGAGCAGGCCGAUGCGCUCCGGAAUACGGCGGGUACGUUUCAGCGGCAGUCGGGAACCUUGAAGAAACGCAUGUGUCAAAAGAAUGUGGCCGCGGCGAGCUGUAUCAUCGUUUUAGUGAUCUUGAUCAUCCUAGCGAUCGUUCUCGGUGUCGUCCUGACGCAUCGUCACUGA